AUGAGAUUUCUAAUUGUAAAUGGAUUCAAUGCAUCUGCAUCUUGUGCUAAAGUAUUUGAUUAUUUUAGGAAUAACAUUUAGAAUGUAUAUAAUUAUAUUAGAUUUAGAUGAUAUCAAAAUAAAGGGAAGUAGCUGAUACUUAGUGUGAGUAUCAUUUUAGAGAUCGGCAUUCUUUAGAUGAUUUCCUUUAUGAACCAGAAACAAGUUUAAUUAGAAUGGAAUAUGGAUUGAAAUUCAAUUCAAUAGAUAUUGUUUUCAUAAUAGCAUCCCCUAAUUCAAAACCUUGGAAUCCAAAUAUGAGGAAAGUAUUAAUAUUAAUUUACCUUAUUAAGAUAGUAACUUUGAUUAGAAUGUGUUUGAAGACCAAAAAGUUAUUAUUCUCCACUUCAUUUGGAGCAUAGGCAAUAGCUUAUCUUUGUUCAACUAAUUUUUCAGUAGUAACUAAUUUAUUUUUGAUCUAAAGCAUGCUUCUAUUACUAACAAUCAUGGAGAAGGAUGUAAAUUGGUGGAUUUUCCAAAAUAUACAUUAUAAGCAUUAAAAAAUGGUCCUAAUGAAUAUUUUUUGGAUUCCACUACUGGAGAUCUUUAUUUUUAUUGUAAAAUAACUGAUGAAUGGUUACCAAAAGCUAAUAUUGGAUUACAUAAUAGGAGGGAUGCUAUGGAGUAUCAAUCUAUUGGUAAAUACAUUGUCAAAUCACCAACUUAUAAACCUAAAUAGAAUAUGUUGGAAAAUUAAAGUGAAAUGAUGUGUUAGAUAAAAAAACAAUUCUUACAUCAUUGGUUAUUUAGAGAAGUAACAAUGGAAUUUGCAAUAACUUCUUACAAUUAAUGGGAUAUUCAUGCUAUUACAUUUACAAAUCCAGAUAAAGUAUUUAUUGAAAUACUUAUAUUAGAAAUUCAACUCAUUGGCAGAGCAUAAUUUGAGAGGACCAUUAAUAAUUGAGAGUGACAAUAUAAUAGCAACAAUGUUUGAAUUGGAACCAAAAUAGAAGGAUACUGUAAAAAUAUUAUCUAAUUUUAUUGAUAAUGCUGUUAAAUUGAUUAGAUUCAAUAAUAAUUAUAAUAAUAUUAGCAUUACAAAUGAUAAGUACUUUUCAGGGAAUAAAGGAUUAGAUAAUAUUGAGAUUGUAUUUUAAUAGAAAAGGAAGAUAGGUAAUUUGAAUCCUGAAGAUUUGUUAAAAAGAUAAUAGAAAAAUUUUAUGCAUGAAUAUAGGAAAUUAUUGAAUACUGCCAUUUAAGAAACUGAAAGAGAUAAGAUAUUUCAUGUUGGAUUCUCAGUUAAAAAGGAUAGAUUACCAGAGUAUUACUUUAUUAAUAUAGUUUUGUAUAGCAAAAUAAUAUCUAAGAGAAGAAUUAUAAAGUAGUGAGACGAAAAUCGUUUCAAAUGAAAAAGGCUCAAUUCUUAAGAUAACAGAGUUAGAUUAAUGUUGGUGGAGAUGAUGAUUAAUAAAUGAGAGAUUUAUUAGAUGAGGCUCCAAGAAAACCUUUACCAUUCUAACGUGUUAUAUCAACUGCUAAUAACAGUAAAAGAUUAAACUCAAAAAAACAUUCAAAUCCAAAAACACCAAAUACAAUUGAAAAAGAAGACAAUGAAUUUCAAGAUUUUGAAAUAAAGGGAAUAAAUAAUAUCUCUGUUAGAAAAAUGCUCCAUCCUUCCUUAGAUGAUGAAUUCUUAGGAUCAAAUAAGAUAUGGGUACCAGGAUUCUUAUCAAAGGAUAAAAGUAAGAAUAAUCAUAUUGGUCAAAGUUAAAGAGGUUAACGCAAUUAGAAUAAUAGAUUUCACACUGAUUCACUUGUCGGUUGAUAAGAAUAAUUAUUCAAAUAUAAAUUAUUUUAUUUUUAUGUAAAAAUACGAAGUUCUUGGCAUCAUAGGUAAAGGUUCUUAUGGUGUUGUACUCAAAGGUUAAAAUAAAGAAACAGGAGAAGUAGAGCAAAUUAAUAAUUUAGAUUGUAGCUAUCAAAUAAUAUAUUGGUUCUGAAGAAGAUGAAAGUGUUAAAAAAACAAUCUUAAGGGAAGUUAAACUUUUAAAAAUGCUUAAUCAUGACUAUAUUGUUAAAAUUAAAGAGGCCUUUAGAAGGUAUUUAUAUAAUGAAAUUAUUAAUAGAAAAGGCAAACUUUAUGUAGUAUUAGAAUAUGUUGAAAAAAACUUAUUAGAAUUACUUGAAGAAAAACCGAAUGGUUUAGAUGUAAAAUUUAAUAAUUAUGAUAGCCUGAAUUAGCAAGAAGAUUUAUUUACUAAUUAUGUUUAGCCAUUGCAUAUUGUCAUUCACUUGAAAUUUUACAUAGAGAUAUUAAACCUGAAAACCUUCUUGUUAGUGAUUAAUAUGUUUUGAAGGUUUGUGAUUUUGGUUUUGCAAGACUAAUUCCAUAAAAAUAAGGAUAGUUAACUGAUUAUGUAGCAACUAGAUGGUAUAGAGCACCAGAAUUACUAUUGGGAGAUGAAUAUGGCAAAGGGGUUGAUAUAUGGGCUAUUGGAUGUAUUAUGGCUGAAUUAACUGAUGGGUAACCCUUAUUUUAGGGUUAAACAGAAAUGGAUCAAUUAUAUUUGAUUUGUAAAGUUUAAAUUAGUGUGAUAUUUCAUAGUUACUAGGUCCUUUGACUAGUGAAUAAAAAGAAGCUUUUCUUAAGAAUCCUCGUUAUGUCGGAAUGAAAUUUCAUGAAAUCACUAAACCAGACACAAUUGAAAAAAAGUUUUAAUCUAAACUUUCAUUAAAAGCUAUUUCAUUUAUUAAAGGAUUAUUGAAAAUGGAUCCUAAUAAGAGAAUGACUGCAUUUGAGGCAUUAGAACAUCCAUACUUUGAUGGAAUGAGAGAUGAUUAAUAUUAUUAGUUUUUAAAAGAAUUAAGAGAUAAGGAAUAAAUACCAAAAGAUAGAAUACAAUCUGCAAAUAAAGUAGCUUUAAAAUAAACACAAUAACUUAAUUAAUAAUAAUAAUAAUAAUAAUAAUAAUAAUAAUAAUAAUAAUAAUAAUAAUAAUAAUAAUAAUAAUAAGUAUUAUCAUAAUAAAAAGAUAAUUUAAUAAGUAAUAAAAGAAUUGAUAAAUCAAAUGAAAGGUAUAUUUUUAUAAUAUUCUUAUAGAAAAACAUAAUAAAAAGGAAAUAAUAAUAUAUCUGUUGAAAGAGUAAAUAAUUUUGUUAAACCUGCACCUAUAAAAACAGGAGAGAAAAAUAUUGGAGAUUUUAAUCCUUAAGAAUCUAAAUCAAUGCCUAAAAAAGAUGUUAAUUCAUAAUUAGGUUUUUUAUAAAAGAAUGUGAUUAUUGGAUAUUAAGAAGGAUAAUUCGAUAACUUUUUAUAAAAUAAAAUGGCUUAAAAUUAUAAUUAUGAAAUACCUGAAAAUGAUUUAAAUAAUUCAAUUGAAGGAGAGAAAAAGUCUAUGAAUCUUAGGGCUAGAGCAAAGAAAAAAUCAUUUAAUCCUGAUAUUAUUGAAGAUGAUUAAACAACAAUCAUUAAAUUAAAAAGAAAAGAUUAAUAAUAAUAAUAAUUAUUUUAAUAAUAAAUUCCAUCAUAUUAAGUUAAAAAGAAAUCUACUUAAUUAAAGUAAAACUUUUAUCCUACUGAUGAAUAUUCUGGAGAUGAAUAGGAAGUCUAUUAAUCAAAAGAACUUUUGAACAUUUAAAAAGGAUAAAAAUAAUAAUUAUAAUAUAAUUACAAUAUUGGGGAAUGUAGAAAUACUUAAGAAGAUUAGGAUAAGAAUUUAAACAUUGUGUAUAACAAUAUAACUUAUAAUUAUAAUAUUAAUAAUUCUCCUGGGUGGAUGAGCAAGAAAAGAAAUUGA